AUGGAAUAUAAGGAAUUCCCCUUUCCCAAUCAGACCCCUAUGUUCCCUACAUGGUAUCGAGUGCUAGAAUAUGUACAAAGCUAUUCUCGCACAUUUCUUGAGGGUAAUGAUACAGUACAUGUUUCGCUAGAGACCUUGGUGAAGGAUGUUAGAAAAGACCCUUCUUCUGGACAAUGGACCAUGAUAACCAGUAACGUGAAGAAUACGUCAAUAGAAGACGAGUAUAUUUUUGAUGCGGUCGUCGUAUGUUCGGGCCAUUAUGCCGUGGCCCAAGUACCAAGCGUAGAGGGAUUAGAUGUAUGGGCCAAAAAUGAUCCCGAUUCCAUUUCACACGCCAAAUAUUUCGAUGAUCCACAAGCAUUUCGAGGCAAAAACGUUUUGGUAGUGGGAAAUGCUGCUAGUGGUAUAGAUAUAUCAGUCCAACUAUUAGGAUAUGCCAAUCAACCAAUUUACAGAUCUGUCAGGUCGCCAACGUCUUCACAGCUUCAAACUAAGAAAAUCAAAGAAGUGGCACAGGUUGCGAAGUAUGAUUUUUUGACACGAUCGGCGGUACUUGAAGAUGGUAGUAUUGUUAAGGACAUCGACCAUAUUCUAUUCUGCACCGGAUAUCUAUACUCGUUUCCAUAUCUCAAAAGCUACUCCUAUGGAGAAAACGCCAUUAUAACAGAUGGAUCUAGAGUUCAUCAUUUAUUUAAACAGAUGUUUUAUAUUCAUGACCCUUCUCUAAUUUUUGUUGGUAUGCAGUGGAAAAUAAUACCUAUGCCAAUGGCAGAGUCUCAAGGUAUGGUAAUUGCAAGGGUACUAUCGGGAAGGUUAGACCUGCCCAGUAAGUCAGAAAUGGCUAAGCAUGAAGCCAACGAAAUUAAACUCAAGGGUGACGAUCGCCGCUUUCAUUGCUUUCAAUACCCUCAAGACUACGAGUACACCAAACAACUUCAUGACUGGGCUCAAGCUGCCCGAAACAGUAAACAUGGGUUUAUGGCAGAGCUUUGGAAUAAAGAGAAACAAGAACUUCGCUCACGAUCAUCUGAAUUGAAAAACGAAUAUUUCAAGAAAACGAUUGAACAGCACGAAAAAGUUUGA